AUGACACGUAAUGUCAUUAUGGCUAAAAACGAUAACAUCGGAACGGAUCAAAAGACAAGCACCUGGAUUCCUCUUGCUGAGAUUGCUAAAGGCGAUGUCAGUGUCGUCUUCAAAGUAACAGAUGCGGAGGGAAAGAUAGAAGCGGCCAUGAAGGUCGAAAAAAUGGGUAAAGAAACCAAAAAGAAGUAUAUCGAAAGAGAUAUACUUGAAAGUCUCCGUGACAGUACUCACUCGAUUCAUCUUAUCGAUUUCUCAUUUGUCAAUCAGUACAGAAUGACUGUCAUGACAAUGGUUGGUCCCACUUUGGGUGUUAUAAAAAGACUUAUGCGCAACAAGUUCAGUGAUUCAACUAUUCUUCGCCUUGCGAUUCGAACUCUUUUGGCUCUAAAAGAUUUGCAUGAACACGGAUACUUGCAUCGUGAUUUGGAACCAGAAAACAUUGCAUUGUCGCUCUGCAAGUCUUCUCGUAAUGUUUAUCUCGUGGAUUUUGGAGAAGCAAGACAGUAUGCUCGGAAUGACAACGGAAAAUGGAUUCUGAGAUCUCCAAGAAACAAAAUUGCAUUCCGUGGAUCAGUACAGUAUUGUUCUCCAAAAAUGCACGACAGUCAAGAACUCGGGAGAAUUGAUGAUCUUUGGUCCUGGUUGUAUGUAUUCAUUGAAAUGCGUGUCUUCCUUCCAUGGACUGAUUCUACUUUUCCUUUCAAAUAUGGUCCAAGAAAGAGAAGUCUGCUAGACGAGACUCUGAAUUCUGAUCCAUUCUUGAUGACAUUCUUGCCAGUUGUGACGAUUAUGAAGACUUCCGAAUUUGCUGAUCGUCCAGAGUACUUCAAAAUAUACGAGAUCCUUACUGCAAAAAUGACAGAGAUGGGAGUGAAAUGGACAGAUCCGAUGGAUUAUGAUCUCAUAACCGAAAGAGAUACAUUCUUCUCAAGAAUUCCUAUCAAUGAGGAAAAAUUGACUGAUGAACAACUAACUGCAGUCUUCCAAGAAGUCGUUGUUCCAGGUGGCCAACAGUAUUUGGUUGAUCAAAAAGCUUACUGUUUCGCGGUCGAGAAAGAAAAGGAGAAGGAAAAAGAGAAGGAAAAGGAAAAAGAGAAGGAUGUGAAGAUUAAGAAGAAGGAGAAGGAUACCGAACCAGAGAAGGAAGAAGUUAAAGAAAAAGAGAAAGAGAAGAAGGUCGAGAAAAACAAGGAAAAGGAGAAAGAUGUCGAGAAGCCAAAAGAAAAAGCGAAAGAGAAGGAAAAAAGAAAGAGCAAGGAAGUUAUUAAGGAGAAAGAGAAAAAGCGGGGAUCCCAAGAGAAAACCACCGAUAAAUCAACAGAUGCACCGAGUAAAAAUGUGGUGGAGAAAGCAACAACAAAACAGAAAACUGUGAAACCUCUUCUACCGAAGCAUAAGCAUACGAAGACGAGUUCCACAAGUUCUGCCAGUCAUCAAACUUCUCCAUCGGUUGCUGAGAAUCCUCCACCAUCAAUGCCUCCUCCACGCGCUCUCAAACAGAAACUGGCGCCGAUGACACCGGGAAAACAAAAGAUCAAGACUUAG